ACUUCAAAGCUUUCGGAGCCAAUUAAUUUCAGAUGUUGAAAACGUACGUCACGUGACAAUACGGGUGCAUCAUGGCGACCGCGUCUAUAUGGUUUUAUAUUACGGUAAUGCGAUAUCUUGCUUUUAAAAUGUUGAAUCAGCUGAAAACAAGGCAUUGUGCGUCUUGUUAUGGCUUCGACAAGUUCGGCCGACGAUGUAGAAAGUCAAUUUCCCAGUAUUCUGGCGUCUGGAGCAAAAGAGGACGAUUUUCAGCAGACCAUUGAGUUGCUGCAAAUCGACGCAGAAGAGGUAUCUGACGAAAUAUCGCAUUCUGUGGCAGAGCUUGAAGGUUUGAAGCAAUAUUCAUGUGCGCAUUGCUCUAAAGUGUGCAAAUCAAAAGGUGGACUUACAAGACAUACCCGGAGCAAGCAUUUGACUAGCGAAUCCGAAACAACGUCUUCCAAGGCAAAGCAUGAGUCGAAGCAAAUACCUACAUACGUUUCAGAGGAGUCUGCCUUAACGUUGAUUCGCGAGAUUGGAAAAUACUUGACUGAUGAAAAGAUUUAUCCAGCGAAACAAGUAGCUGAUGUAUUUACGUUGAAACCCAGUGAGUCGUUUAUAAAAUGUGUGAAUGCUUUGUUGCACAAGUUUCACCGUAAAAAAGAUCGUGACAAGUUUAUGAAAGCGUUCUUCGGGAACAUGUAUGGCUCGUGGAAGGAGUAUUUUCAUCCGUGCAAUGAUCACAAAGUUGUCUUUCUCAUGCUAGUAAACCUGCCUGAACGUUUGUUAACUACACUGAAGGAUGAUGGUUCUCAAGAAAUAGAGAAUGAAUCUAUCACACCAGAGGAACUUGGACCCCUUUCCUAUGUUGCUGGAUAUGUAAUUCAGUCAUUAUAUCGAAAAAGCAACAAAUCCAAAGAGGCAGAUUCUGAAAGAAACCAGGAAAUCCAGGUGUUGUUACUUUCAAUUAAAGUUCCAACUGAAGAAAAUCAAUACAUUUUUUCACUAUCAAGGGGAGCUCUUUGGGCACCGAAUUCCUGGCUCAUAAAAAUAGCAGAAAUUGCUGAACUGUCUUUUAGGAGGCAAACAAAAAUUGGUAAACCCACAUCAUUACCUGUGGAUAGGAUUAUAGAAGAUGUCAUUACUUCUCCACUGGCAAAAUCUCUGUGGAGCAAUAUUGUUGAGAAUUGUGAUAUUGCAGUUUCAAAAGAAUGUCAGUCUUUGUGUUUUGAAAACAUUGUUAAACUUUAUGCAACUGUGAGAGCUUUCUCUUUUGCAAGAGAUAUCGUGAACAAGUACAAAUUACUUGAAAAAGCACAGAAGAGCAAGGCAUUACGGAAACAGUUAAAAGUUGAAAGUAAAUAAUUGUACAUACAGUAUAUCAUUUGCCUGUUAUUGUUAAUGUUGCCUCAGAAAACAUGAACUAGCCGUUUAUAUAAGAUGUUGAGAAAUGAGAAUACAUAUCAGCUGCAGAAUCAGCCCCCAAUCAUGUAGUCCUGCUAAGCAAAAAUCACUAUUCAUAAU